GCCUUCUCACGGUCCGAACGCAGCCCUGCCACAGCCUUUCUCCGAUUCCUACUUAAUCAAACAGUAGAACUCCCGAAAUCGAAAAAGCGAGAUGUUCAAACGGCCUAAUCCCCUGAGGAGAGCCCCUCACUCUUCCAGCCGCGCCGGUCCCUCAGCCCGGCAACAGUCCUCCAAUGCAGACAGACCACGUCCACCCUCGCAAGGCAGUUUGGAUGGCGCAGUCUCGUUCUUCGGCCGCUUCUCAAUGGAUCGCCCGCCGUCUAGACGGCAGGACAGCGUGAGUUCAUCCACGGUAUCACCAACAGAGCAGCAGGCUAUGGAAGUCAAUGAACACGAAACCGCGUCUUCCUACUUCGCCCAGACGUUCGUGACUGCUCAAGAAGAUGGGUCACGAGUGUGUACAUCGCCCCUGGAAACGCCAGCAAUGUCUCCCCCCUCCUCACCCACCGCUCCCCCCGGUCCAUUAGAAACACGAACCCACCUCACGCCAGCACAAGUCCAAGAACUCCGAAAACUCCGACGCGAUCUCUGCGAAGCAUUCGUCAUACGAUACAAAAUGGUGGCGAACAGGGACCCCCGCAUCCAACACGCACGCCGCAAACGCCUCGGCGACCAACUAGGCUUCACAGCCAACCAGUGGCUCGCAACGCAAUACAACGCGUGCCACCUUGUAUCCCUCGAGCGGUUGGCGGCCGACGAUGCGCAGGAGAUUUUGCGGAUGGCGAUGUUUGAUGCGCGCGUGGAUGUGUUUGUGCAGGUGCAGCGAGGCUGGGUUCCGGAGAUGUUUGCUGCUCGUAGUGGGACUGGGAGGUAUGGGGGGCAUGUGCAGUUUGUUGUGCCUAGGUAG